AAAUAUCUCCACACACCCUGAAACAUAAGCUUAUCCCAAUAUCCCAAACACCAACACACAGGGAACAAUAUGGGGUGCCUCCACCUCCAACCUUCACUGCUUCCUUUUCCUUUGCAUGCAAAAUUCAAACCGCAGUUACAUCAUAUGAGGCACACCACCAAACUAUUUUGGCUUACUACUCACCAACCUCCACGUGGCCAGCACUUACCUUCAGCAAGUCCACUAAGUACCAAGGCACUUCCACAUUUAGUGGUUGUUGCCCCAGCCCAAUCCGGUGACUUGUCCACCUUGCUCCCAAUAAGUGCAGUGCUUCUAUCGGCAUACUUCAUAGCAAAUUUUGUCGUGCCAGGUUUCUUUACCAACUCUUUCGGAUAUGAUAAGUCAUCAAACGAAGAGCAGAAGGUUGACGAUGUAAAUGCAAUAGAAGAUGAAUAGAUAGUCAAGGAAGGUCACGAAGGAAGAAACAGGACUACGUAAACGUGAGAACUGAGCUCAUGAUGGUUGAAGCGCUACUGCAUGGGUCUUUUGUAUCUUUAGUUCGCAUUUAGAUUAUAAUAAAAACAUCCAAGUGUCAUUUCUGUUGCUCAUUAGUAUUAGGUAUUCUAGACUUGGUAGCGAUUACAAUCUCAUGAAACCAAAUUGUUCCUGCCCUUGACUCAAGUGGGGUUACUACUACCCCAAAAAAAAAUGUUAGUUAACCUCUUGUGAGUAUAGUCUUUAUUUAACAAAAGAUUAAUAGAUUAUUGUUUGAUAUUUAAUAAUACGAGUUCUUUGUACUAAAGAAAUUUGCCAUCAAUGAUUAUGUUUAUGUUAAUGUUAGUA